ACUGCAACUAAAUUAGAAAACCAAAUCAAGAGGGAAUAAGAGGAAUAGUGAAAGUGGGAGCAGCCGACGAAAACAGAUCGCGCCGUCGCAAGCGCUUUAUCUCUGGGUUUUCUCAACUCCAGAAAAGAGGAAAGAAUGAAGAGGCUCAACGGUUCACAAGUGAGGAUUAAGUUUCCCGAGACUUGUUUUCUGAGGAGAGUGAGGAGGAUGGCGAGCGAAGAAUUCGGGGAAGAUGGUAGGAAUCACAAGCUUAUGGCGAUUGCGGUUCAUUGUGUUUUUUUAGAAUCUGGGUUUGUUGAAUGUGAUGAAUUUCAUUUUCCUGAUGAGUGGAGCCCUUCAAUGGCUUUUACAAUGUCUUUUCGCUAUACACUGCCUGAAAUUUUUACCUUGAAUUUGAGAGAAUCUAUUGUUUUGAAGUAUCAGAUUCUAGGCCAUUUUGUGAAUGUAUUUGGGUCUUUAACUAGUGGUGGUUCAGUGACUUACCGGGUGUGUUUGGAUGAGCACAAGUUUGCACCGGCUAUUGAUUCUGUGUGUGCAAAAGGGGAUGAGUUUGAAAGCGAAGUUUAUGAGUUGUGGAAGAUUGUGAAGGAUGAGUUUGCAUUUCCUUUGUUAAUCAAUCUUUGCGCAAAGGCCGGAUUGCCCUCUCCGCUGUGUUUCAUGCGGCUUCCGUCUGAGCUUCAGAUGAAGAUUUUUGAGUUUCUUCCCGGUGCUGAUCUCGCAAAAGUCGGUUGCGCCUGUAAGGAUUUGCGAUACUUGUCUUGCAACAAUGAUUUGUGGAAGAGGAAGUAUUCUGAGGAGUUUGGAAUGGAGAUGGCGGGAUCACAUGCAGUGAUGCAUUGGAAGAGGGCAUUUGCCAUUGCUGCCUACUGGCGGAGUAAGAGAAGGGAGGAGGCAGUGGAAGCAGAGGAGGCGGAGGACUCUGCGGCUGUGAAGUGGAGACGGUUGCCCCAUCAUGGUUGGCACAUGUAUAGUCCCAUAAGAAGGGAUCCUAAUCCAUUGGAAGUGCCUCGGAUAAUUGGUGGAGAUUAUGGCCAUGUACCGGGUCUUUCCUUUCCUUCUUUCAGGCGGCCAGGUCGGUUUCCUCUCCUUCGGAGGACCUUUUCACCCCAUUUUCAGUGGUAAUGGCUGGUCAGGUGAAACUCAAUUGCCGAACGCUGCAGGUUGAUAAGCUUGUUGGUGAAUUCAGAGAUUGUCAUUGUGUUGUAAUGAAAUUGAUCAGAGAUUC